GAGCCCAGCCGGCCGGCCCGACCGGCUUUCGUCGUCCCCGGGCGCCCUGGGAGACUCGGUGACGGUUGGACGGACCGACUGCCUGAGGACGGCCGGCUGGGGCGGUGAGAGCGCCGGCCUUAUGGCGCGGGUCGCGUGAGGCGGAAGGCCGAGUGCGGCCGACGGCGGCGGCGCCCGCCCCAGCGAUGCGGGCCCCGCCCGUCGCCUCAGGUGCCAUUUGGAUAGUACUUUAGCGGCACGAUGUACUCUGAGUGGAGGUCACUGCAUUUGGUGAUUCAGAAUGAUCAGGGCCAUACCAGUGUGCUGCACAGCUUUCCAGAGAGUGUUGGGCGAGAGGUGGCAAAUGCAGUAGUCCGUCCUCUUGGGCAGGCGUUAGGUACCCCUUCAGUGGCUGGUGGUGAGAGUUUGUUAAAAACUGACAAAGAAGUAAAAUGGACCAUGGAAGUAAUUUGCUAUGGACUGACCCUUCCAUUGGAUGGCGAGACUGUAAAAUAUUGUGUUGAUGUGUAUACAGACUGGAUUAUGGCUUUAGUGUUGCCGAAAGAUUCUAUUCCACUGCCAGUUAUUAAAGAGCCUAAUCUAUAUGUUCAAAGUAUAUUAAAACACCUGCAAAAUCUUUUUGUACCGAGACAGGAACAGGGCUCCAGUCAGAUCCGACUAUGCUUACAGGUCCUGAGAGCCAUUCAGAAACUGGCACAUGAGUCAUCCAUCAUGGCCCGCGAAACCUGGGAAGUCUUACUGUUGUUUCUUCUGCAGAUUAAUGACAUACUUCUGGCCCCACCAACUGUUCAAGGUGGCAUUGCCGAGAAUCUAGCAGAGAAGUUGAUUGGUGUUCUCUUUGAGGUGUGGUUACUAGCUUGUACUCGGUGCUUCCCAACACCUCCUUAUUGGAAGACAGCGAAGGAAAUGGUGGCUAACUGGAGGCACCACCCAGCAGUGGUGGAGCAGUGGAGCAAGGUGAUCUGUGCGCUCACUUCCCGAUUGCUGCGCUUUACAUAUGGUCCUUCAUUUCCUCCAUUUAAAGUUCCUGAUGAAGAUGCCAGUCUGAUCCCUCCAGAAAUGGAUAAUGAGUGUGUUGCACAGACAUGGUUUCGUUUUUUACAUAUGUUGAGUAAUCCCGUGGAUUUGAGUAACCCAGCCAUUAUAAGCUCUACUCCCAAAUUUCAGGAACAGUUCUUGAAUGUGAGCGGAAUGCCGCAAGAGUUGAAUCAGUAUCCCUGCCUUAAACAUCUGCCUCAAAUAUUUUUUCGUGCCAUGCGUGGAAUCAGCUGUCUGGUGGAUGCAUUCUUAGGCAUUUCUAGACCCCGAUCAGACAGUGCUCCUCCAACACCCGUAAAUAGAUUAAGUAUGCCUCAGAGCACUGCUGUCAAUACCACCCCACCACAUAACCGGAGGCACCGGGCUGUUACUGUGAAUAAGGCUACCAUAAAGACAAGCACAGUCAGUACUGCUCAUGCCUCGAAAGUUCAGCACCAGACAUCCUCCACCUCUCCUCUGUCAAGUCCAAAUCAGACUAGUUCAGAACCCCGGCCACUGCCUGCCCCUCAAAGACCAAAGGUUAACAGCAUCUUGAAUCUCUUUGGAUCAUGGUUAUUUGAUGCAGCAUUUGUUCACUGUAAACUUCAUAAUGGGAUAAAUAGAGACAACAGCAUGACUGCAUCUUUUAUCCAAAUUCUUCUUUCUUAUAAAUCUUCCAUUACAACACAAGCUAGCAUGGAAUUUCGACGGAAAGGGUCACAAAUGUCCACAGACACCAUGGUUUCCAAUCCUAUGUUUGAUGCAAGUGAAUUUCCUGAUAACUAUGAAGCAGGAAGAGCUGAGGCUUGUGGGACACUGUCUAGGAUUUUUUGUAGCAAGAAGACUGGAGAAGAGAUUCUGCCAGCUUAUUUAUCCAGAUUUUACAUGCUUUUAAUUCAAGGUUUGCAGAUAAAUGAUUAUGUGUGCCAUCCUGUCUUGGCCAGCGUUAUUCUAAACUCUCCUCCUUUGUUCUGCUGUGACUUGAAAGGGAUUGAUGUUGUGGUUCCUUACUUUAUUUCAGCUCUUGAAACCAUUUUGCCUGACAGAGAACUCUCAAAAUUCAAAAGCUAUGUAAAUCCAACAGAAUUGAGAAGAUCCUCCAUUAAUAUCCUACUUUCUUUGUUGCCCCUUCCUCAUCAUUUUGGCACAGUCAAAUCUGAGGUGGUCCUGGAAGGAAAGUUUAGUAAUGAUGACAGCUCUUCUUACGAUAAACCGAUAACUUUUUUGUCCCUGAAGUUGAGACUUGUGAAUAUCUUAAUAGGUGCCUUGCAAACGGAAACGGACCCCAAUAACACCCAAAUGAUACUAGGGGCAAUGUUAAAUAUUGUUCAAGAUUCAGCCCUUUUAGAAGCCAUUGGUUGCCAAAUGGAGAUGGGUGGUAGAGAAAAUAACCUGAAGGGUCAUAGUCGCACUAAUAGUGGUAUUAGUUCAGCAAGUGGCGGAAGCACGGAGCCCACAACACCUGAUAGUGAAAGGCCUGCUCAAGCACUCUUAAGGGAUUAUGCUCUUAAUACAGAUUCAGCUGCUGGACUCCUGAUUCGCAGCAUUCAUCUCGUUACCCAAAGACUCAACUCCCAGUGGCGGCAGGACAUGAGCAUAUCACUGGCAGCUCUAGAGCUCCUUUCUGGCCUGGCAAAGGUGAAAGUGAUGGUUGACUCAGGAGACUGGAAGCGAGCCAUCAGUUCCGUGUGCAGCUACAUUGUGUACCAGUGUAGUCGGCCAGCUCCUCUUCACUCCCGCGAUCUGCAUUCCAUGAUAGUGGCGGCUUUUCAGUGUCUCUGUGUGUGGCUGACAGAGCACCCUGAUAUACUUGAUGAAAAGGACUGCCUUAAGGAAGUACUGGAGAUUGUGGAACUAGGUAUCUCAGGAAGUAAGUCCAAGAACAGUGAACAAGAGGUCAAAUACAAAGGAGAUAAGGAGCCAAAUCCUGCAUCUAUGAGGGUAAAGGAUGCUGCUGAAGCCACCCUAACAUGUAUUAUGCAGUUGCUUGGUGCAUUUCCUUCACCCAGUGGUCCUGCUUCUCCUUGUAGUCUGGUGAAUGAAACCACUUUGAUUAAAUACUCUAGGCUGCCAACCAUAAACAAGCAUAGUUUCCGGUACUUUGUCUUGGAUAACAGUGUCAUCCUGGCAAUGCUGGAGCAACCUCUUGGAAAUGAGCAGAAUGAUUUUUUCCCUUCUGUCACUGUGCUGGUCCGGGGGAUGUCUGGAAGACUUGCUUGGGCACAACAGCUUUGCCUUUUACCCAGAGGAGCAAAAGCAAAUCAGAAGCUUUUUGUGCCUGAGCUUCGCCCAGUUCCUAAAAACGACGUUGGCUUUAAAUAUACUGUGAAACAUCGGCCAUUUCCUGAAGAGGUGGACAAGAUACCCUUUGUGAAAGCGGAUCUGAGCAUUCCAGAUUUGCAUGAAAUCGUCACUGAAGAAUUAGAAGAGAGACAUGAAAAACUGAGGAGUGGCAUGGCUCAGCAGAUUGCUUAUGAAAUACACCUUGAGCAACAGAGUGAGGAGGAACUGCAGAAAAGAAGUUUUCCUGACCCCGUUACGGAUUGUAAACCCCCACCUCCUGCCCAAGAAUUCCAAACAGCCCGCCUUUUCCUCUCACACUUUGGAUUUCUGUCCUUAGAAGCAUUGAAGGAACCUGCAAAUAGUCGUCUACCUCCUCACCUCAUUGCGCUUGAUUCCACGAUACCUGGGUUUUUUGAUGACAUUGGGUAUCUGGAUCUCUUGCCAUGUCGUCCUUUUGACACAGUUUUUAUUUUCUAUAUGAAGCCAGGUCAGAAAACAAACCAAGAGAUUUUAAAGAAUGUGGAGUCUUCCAGAAAUGUUCAGCCACACUUCCUAGAAUUUUUGCUCUCCCUUGGCUGGUCAGUAGAUGUCGGCAGACACCCUGGUUGGACUGGGCACGUUUCCACCAGUUGGUCUAUUAACAGUUGUGAUGAUGGUGAGGGAUCUGAACAAGAUGAAGUGAUUUCCUCUGAAGAUGUUGGGGCUAACAUUUUCAAUGGACAGAAGAAGGUGUUGUAUUAUGCUGAUGCCCUUACAGAAAUAGCUUUUGUGGUUCCUUCUCCUGUGGAGUCCUUAACUGAUUCAUUGGAAAGUAACAUCUCAGACCAAGAUAGUGAUUCAAAUAUGGAUCUUAUGCCAGGAAUUCUGAAACAGCCAUCCCUGACGCUUGAGCUUUUCCCCAAUCAUACAGACAAUCUUAAUUCCUCACAGAGGCUCAGUCCCAGUUCCAGAAUGAAGAAGCUGCCUCAGGGUCGCCCUGUGCCUCCCCUUGGACCUGAGACAAGGGUUUCCGUAGUCUGGGUGGAACGCUAUGAUGAUAUAGAAAAUUUUCCCCUCUCAGAUCUGAUGGCAGAGAUCAGUACUGGUGUAGAAACUACUGCAAAUAGUAGCAGUUCUUUGAGAUCUACGACUCUUGAAAAAGAAGUUCCUGUCAUCUUCAUCCAUCCUUUAAAAACUGGAUUAUUCCGGAUAAAAAUUCAAGGAGCCAUGGGAAAAUUUAACAUGGUCAUUCCUCUUGUGGAUGGGAUGAUAGUCAGCAGGCGAGCACUUGGCUUCCUGGUGAGGCAGACUGUAAUUAACAUUUGUAGAAGAAAGAGACUGGAGAGUGACUCCUAUAGUCCACCACAUGUCCGCCGGAAACAGAAAAUCACCGACAUUGUCAACAAGUACCGGAACAAGCAGUUGGAGCCAGAGUUUUAUACUUCACUUUUCCAGGAGGUUGGACUCAAGAACUGCAGUUCUUAGACCACUGUCUGUCUAGGACUAUUGAACUCCAGUUUGGGGCUAUAAUAUCAAAGCAAAACAGUUCAAUAGGUGAUCACUGUAAAAAUAAAAAUAAAUCACUCUCUGAGUCCUUACUGUUUAAUCACCAGAAUAGAAGAAACACAUUAUAAACUCAUUUGAUAGAAGACUUUUGACUUUCUAGUGAAAUGGGCUCCCAGACACAAUCAUAUUCCUGCUGGUAAUGACGGUAUACAUUUUAGCCAUAAACUUUCUUUUAAAGGUGACAAUUUUAGUUAAAGAUAUAAGCCUUUUGAGUAGAAAGGCUUUUAUGCAUCUCAGUUCUGCAUUGGUAGCAUAAACAAAUUUGCUAAUUAGAAGUUGAAGAUAGCUUUAUACCUCACUUUUUAGGAGGUCGUAUUCAAAAUUAAAAUCUGUCUCAGACCGUUUCAGGACAUUUAUAGACUCGUGUUGAUGGCAUGGAGGAGAAGGAAAGAAGUCUCCACCUCCUGCUCACUUGUAGGUCCAUUUGUUAUCCAACUGUCAAACUGACGAAAAGACAAGAACAUAAAUGUUUUUUGCUCAGAUAAGAAGUCUGAUGUUAAAAUAUUUCAUAUUUUCUCUCCACAUUUCAAGAAAGUUGUCAUUCUCAUCACUGUGCAGUCUAAAGGCUUCGUUUUGGGGGCAGCCCAGGAACAGGUCUAAAGUGGAGGCAUGGCCUUCUCCUUUAAUGGGGAUGCAAGUGAAGUUUGUGGGGUUACAAGUUAUUAGACCACACUGAUGCCUCCACUCCAUCAUUGUUCAUUUUGCUAACAUAAUGACAGGUUAAACAUUUGUGGUUCCUUAAUUAAAUAUCAAGAAAUGUAAAAAUAAGGGUUGAAAAUUAUUUGGUUUCAUCCAUUGUCUCUUAGUUCAGGACCAAGCCGUAAAUUGCAAUCGUUUAUGAAGGAUUUUAAUUUGGGAUUCAGGAAGUAGCCUCUCAGUGCUACUAAUUCAUAUCUCUCCCAGAGAGCUAUUGGAUUUUAUCACAAUUGACAAACAUUAUUGUAUGUUUGUGUGACAAACGUAAUUGAAAAACACCUCCUUGGGUGGCUGCUGUUGCAUGUUUUCUGGACUUCGCCAGCUGAAGGCACAACAAAUCCCUUUCAGGGUUUUGGGAAUACUUCUGUUACCUCGCUGCUACUUUUCUGCCAGGAAUAAAAGUUUGAGGUGGCCAGACACAAAACAUCCUUCAUUCCUGUUACAGUGCUACAGUAUACACUGCUCAUUUUUCCUAUUUUUAUGUGCUUUCUUCUUUGGUAAAAUUAUUUUAUGUUAAGAAAAUAAGUGAUAUUGAAGUCCAAAGAGGAGUGAUCACAGUUGUAUAAGGGGUGUUUUCCCACUUGAACUCUCAUGUCAGUAGAUUCUGUAGCAGGGCUACAAUGGUCUGUUUGGUUUGAUGUUUUGAUAGUCUACUUAGGGGGUCGGGAUAGUAUAGGACCUAAUUCCCUGUGCAGAUAUCUUUAUUUCAGAAGUAUGUAUGUUGCCAUCUAUGAGCAAGAAAUGUGGGCUCAGCAGCUCUUGGUUUUAAGUUUGCCAUACCCUUUUCUUCAUGUUUGUUUUAAGCUCAGGUAAAGACAACCUUCUCCAUCUAUGACUCCAGUUUCUCUUCAGGGUAUAUUAUUAUUAUGAUUAAUUUCUUUUAAAGCUGGGCAGUAAGUUUAUGUUUUCAGAUGGUAGCAUAGGAGAGGGGAUAUAUGAUAAAGAUAACAAGUUCUACCCUGGAAAUGAUUUAGUAGCUCAGCAGAAAUAAGGUGAGGUUUAACAAUUUUCAAGGAAAUUCCAGAUUGACAUUUCAAAGGGAAAACGGGCCAUUGUUUUAGUUGAAGUGAACAAGGAAGGCUAUAAAUUGACAUGCAACUUAUAACAUUCCAGAGGUUAAAAAUGACUGAUGUAGAUGUACCUCCUCAUUGUGAUUCUUCAGACAGACUUUUAUCUUUAGCAUAGUUUUAAUGUCAGAAAAAUGUAUGGUGUGUGUGUGUAUUUGGGUGGGCUUGCAGAUCCUUCAGUUCUGAUUUCUGGCAACUCUGUUUUAAUUCUGGUGAUUUUGAUAAGUUAACAACCAUGUUGAAUGCAGUUUGUGAUCUGGGAGAAUUCAUGGUCUUCCAGGGAACAAGGGAUGUGCUGCCCCUAUAAGCAUGAAACCCCAUUGUGUACAGAGCCAACAGAAUAUGGGAUGUGCAUCCCUUGCCAGGUGCUGGUUCCUUCUGCUCAAAAUAACAUCUACCCAAAAGGGAGUGUAGUAAAAACCCUUGGGCCUUUCACUAGUGUGGAUUUGAGUUCAUGGUCACCCAACUACCUGGUUAAAUAUCACUUUGAAUAGGAUAAUGCCGGAGGAACAUACUUAGUACUUAAUAACAAUUUUUAGUAGUCCACUUGAUUAAUUUUCCAGCAUAUGUUCAUGAUCUUGCGGGGCUGGGGGCGCCACGCAGGACCACUUUGAUCUGUAGCUUAAACAGUUCUGUUGCUGUAUGUGCCAGGUGCGCCAGGGAGUGGAUGAGUGUGGUGUUCUGUGAAUAGCAAAGGGUUACCCAAGAGACAGAGGCAGGCAGGUUGCCCCUUAAGUUGGGGGGUGGUUUCCUCCUCCUCCUCCUCUAGGGUUGGGAGCACUGAAGAUAGGAAGGGGGCUUUUACCUUUUUAACGCUUUCCUUGUUUAGCCAGCUCUCCCUUUUCUCCAGGGCUUCUUCCUAAGACCUUCCUGUCCAUUGACCCUUUGAAAGGAAUAAUUACAUGGUGAGUUGACACACACACACCCAUACACUCACAUGCACUUACACACACGCAGUCACAUGUGCAAGCAUGCAAGCAUUUUCCUCCAUUUCAGGUUCUGUAUUUCAGGGUAGCCGAUUCUCCUCUGUACUUGUCUAUAAAUACAAAAUACCUACUACUCCUUUGGGCAGUAAUGUCAGUUGCCUACAGCUUGUGUGUGUGAGGGCUUCAUGAACAGUUAGCUUUCUGCAUAUGCUGGGGAAGCAUUUGUCAGGCUCUGCAGACUGAUUUCUAGAGAGGCAGUCUUUGUUUCUAUCAGAGUAUUUAUUUCUAUUGGAAGGUGGAACUUUACGCAAAAUGAGAGUCAACUUUGCCUGAAGACAUGUUUUGUGGUAUACGGUAAAAAUGUAUCAGAGGUAAUUUGACACUCCUGCUGGCAGCAGUUCUCCAUUCAACAUUUAAAAACCCAUUCAUGUUAUAGCUUCCUAAAAAGAAUUGAUUUAUAUGUUUACAUGAAAUGAUCAUUGGGAUUAGAUGGUCUGUUUUAAAGAUUUCCAUGACAGCCUCUUUUCCUGAGAUGAAGAGAUUGGAGGUGAUCGAUCUGUAUAAUGUGGAAUCAACUAUCAGUUUCCAAUAGCUAAAGAAGCCAUGUACUGUAUAGUGUUUUUCUCAGAAUAUCAACCUGUGUUCUUCAAAUGCUUUUCUUUUUUUAAUGGUGAGGGAAAAGGUAUAAUUUGGGAUUCCACAGUGCCUUGCAUAUAGUAGGCGCCCAAUAAAUACUUGUUGAAGCAAACCAAGUUCCCCAAGUCCUCAUCUCUUGCAGUGACCAAGACAUCUUCCUCCUCUGAAGGGCUUGGCAGUUGUGGCUGAAAAAAAGCAGUAUCAUUAUUUGCUUGAAAUCAUAUAUACAGUUUGUAUGAAUUUCAGUAUGUUGCCAAGACAUCUUUUUCUUAUUGUAUUUUCUGUAAAUAUUUCUGGCACUGAACUGUAAAGUAAAGGCGAAAUGUAAAUAUGAAGGUGUCCCUGUGU